AGGCUCAAGUACGCACCACACCUUCCCCAAUACCUGCUCCCACACAACCUCUCACCACACCACAGAAGGGUUUUCCAACUAUGCUGACCAAAAAGAAGGCCUGCCUGGGCGCGCUGGCGUGCGGGAUCGUCUUUUUCAUGGUGGCCACGCACACCAUCCAGAAGGGCACCCUCUUGCCCAUCUACGUGUCCUUGGUAGCAAGCACGGAGCGCACGCUACCCCCCACCAGCCAAGUGGCCGUGCCACACCCAAAGACCACCACCACUACCACCACCACCACCACCACUACUACCACUACUACCACCACCAAAGCCAAGGCUGUUCCUACGUCCGCGCCCAACCGAGGCAAGACGUGCGGCUGUGCCACCUGCGUGGCGGACGCCAUGAAGUCGAAGUGGUUCGACCAGCACUACGACCCCAACCUCCAGCCGUACCUCGUCACCGGGGACAACAAGAUCGACCAGGACUCACUCAAGUGGUGGCUGGGUCUGCAGCGUUCGGGGUCGGGUGAGAAUUUAGAGGAAGUGAUGCGUAAGAUGUUCGGCGUGUGCUCCUCUCCUCCGCCGGACUGGCUGCCGCGCCAGGACCGUUGCCGUACCUGCGCCGUCGUCGGCAACUCUGGCAACCUGCGGGACUCUCACUACGGGGCCGACAUAGACGGGCACAGUGUGGUGAUACGAAUGAACAAGGCCACGACGCGGGGCUACGAGGCGGACGUGGGCAAUAAGACCACUCACCACAUCAUGUACCCGGAGAGCGCAGUGGACCUGGCCCCCGGGGUACACCUGGUGCUGCUGCCCUUCAAGCUGCUAGACCUGCAGUGGUUGACCAGCGCUCUGUCCACGGGAGAAAUCACCAAGACAUACAUGAGGGUGAAAAGUCUUGUGAAAGCAGAUAAAGACAAGGUGAUCGUGGUCAACCCUGCGUUCUUCAGGUACACGCACGAGCAGUGGAAUGAGAAGCACGGCCGGUACCCGUCCACUGGCAUGCUGGCCAUCAUCUUUGCCCUACAUCUGUGUGAUGAGGUGUCUGUGUUUGGCUACGGCGCGGACGAGAGGGGCAACUGGCACCACUAUUGGGAGAACAACAAGAACGGCGGCGCGUUCCGCAAGACGGGGGUGCACAACGCCGACCACGAGACGGUGACCAUCCAAAAGCUUCAGGAGGCUGGGAAGAUCCGACUCUUCAGGAGAUGAUACAUACAUACAGUUCAGUAGCAGGAACUGGAAGGAGAGCUUUGGGAACCCUGCUGCUGUGUGUGAGGUGGAGUGGGCUGGGGUGAGGUGUGGUGUGAUGUGGUGUGUGCGGACUGGUUAGAGAGGACGGGGAAGAUCAGGACGUGUCGCAUGUCUACAGUAUGUGCUGGAAAAUGUCUUGGGAAAUAAUGAGAGGGAAGGACUCCAAGCAGUGUUGCUGGAUGGACAAUGUUGAACUAUCAUACCAAAACUUCAAAAUUAACUUUUUUUGUAUUGUUCACAAACAAAUUGGGUGUUUUAAAGCUGCUGAAUGAAAACUCUCAUAGAUCAUGGGUUAUUUUCACAUUAAUGACCAUACAGAGGACAGCAUUAUGGUACAAAUAUGAUGAUUAUUAUCCAUCUGGCAAUACUGACUCCAAGGCAAGACUGUGUGGCCACUACCAGUACAUAGGCCACGAGGCCCAGGAGGACAGAUCUCCAUUCCCUACAGCCCUCACACCUCUCCCGGCCGUUACCUCACCCCGCUCCAGAAACCACCAGCCAAGCUCUCCCACAGCUCCAGUGACUAAAUUAACCACUGUGGACAUCUGCAAUGAAACCAAGGCUCCACUGACUUACUUAACCACUGUGGACAACUGCAAUCGAACCAAGGCUUCAGUGACUUAUUUUUUUAACCACAAUCAAACCAAGGCUUAAGUAUCUUAAGUAUUUUUGUGGUUAAAAAAGUCACCUACAAAAAGGAUGAAACCAGACAAACAUUCUGUGAGACCAAAAUAGACUUUAGUGGAUUGUUGCCUUAUUGUCGUAUUGUUAUUGUAGCGAUCUGGCAACUGGCAGAUCACAGAGAUGGAGUUUAUAACUGAACUGACGAGGGGUGACUCUGUGAAGCUAUGGGAGCAGCCUUACUUAUCUGAGCCAGUUACUGAUUCUUUUUUAAUUUUUUUUUGUUUUUUACCUUUCCAUGACUGUUAUGGUCAGCUCUGAUCUGAAUGUGUCUUGUCCAUGAACCCCCCAAUCCCAAAGGUAUGCCUAUGCCACAGACGACGAUAGGAGACAGGAGAGUUUCCUUUCUAUUCUUGUGUGUGUGUGUGUGUGUGUGUGUGUGU